UAUUGUCUAGCCAUCAAGUCAAAACCCUUCCUAACUUCAAUCAGUCAAAACCCUAACCCUCUUCUAAAACCCUCGAAGAAAAGCAGCAUCUUGUCGUUGUAAUCGGAGGCGCCUGUCCCAACCACCUCUUCUUCUCUGCUGCAGCAAUUCUCGUCGUCGCUCCCCUCCUGCCAUGGCUCAUGGACAGGCCUGCCAGCAACAACAACUGAAGAAGGAGAGGAGAAAAAGGAAAAACAACAAAAACCAAUCAGAAGAAGAACCAGAGACCUCCAAAAAAAUAUCUAUGAUGGGUUCCGAAGAGAAGAAGAAGAGCAAGAACAAGGAUAAGAAGAAGAAACGAGACGAAGCCGAUGACGGCGACGAAUUGCGAGCUGAAACUGAUGAAGGAGAAUAUGAAGAAGAGGAGGAGGAGAGAGCAGAAAAUGGUGGUGAAGAUGAGGAGAAGAUUGAGAAAAUUAAGAAGAAGAAGGAGAAAGUGAAUAGUGGAAUUGGGAUUAUGAGUGAUCACUCUUUCUUUGGUUUACCUGUUUCUGAGCUUACUAAGGAUGCUAUUAAGGAUACUGGGUUUACAAAUAUGACUCAGAUUCAAGCCAAGUCCAUACCUCCUCUCUUGGAGGGAAAAGAUGUGCUAGGAGCUGCGAGGACUGGUUCCGGGAAGACCCUUGCCUUUCUUGUUCCAUCUGUGGAAUUGUUGCACCAAACUCGAUUUACUCCUCGUAAUGGAGUUGGUGUUGUCAUUAUUUGUCCGACGAGGGAGCUUGCUAUACAGACACAUGCUGUUGCCAAAGACCUUCUGAAGAAUCAUUCACAAACCCUUGGCUUAGUAAUUGGGGGUGCAGGGCGAAGGGGGGAAGCAGAACGACUUGCCAAAGGUGUCAAUCUUUUAGUGGCAACACCUGGACGACUUCGUGACCAUCUUCAGAAUACAAAGGGAUUCGUUUUCAAGAACUUAAAGUGCUUGGUGAUUGAUGAAGCUGACAGGAUUCUGGAAGCUAAUUUUGAAGAGGAAAUGAGGCAGAUCUUAAAGAUUCUGCCAAAGGAGCGGCAAACAGCUCUUUUUUCUGCCACCCAAACCAAGAAGGUGGAGGACCUUGCACGCUUGUCGUUGUCUAAACCUAUAUACAUUGAUGUGGAUGAGGGGAGGAGAAAGGUUACCAACGAAGGUCUACAACAGGGCUAUUGUGUUAUUCCUAGUGCAAAGAGACUUAUCCUUCUCUAUUCUUUCCUGAAGAGGAAUAUGUCUAAGAAAGUUAUGGUCUUCUUUUCUUCCUGCAACUCAGUUAAAUUUCAUUCCGAACUCCUGAGAUAUAUUCAGAUAGACUGCUUUGAUAUCCAUGGGAAGCAAAAGCAGGCUAAGAGGACAACAACAUUUUUUGACUUCUGUAAAGCAGAAAAAGGCAUACUCUUAUGCACUGAUGUUGCUGCUCGUGGACUUGAUAUUCCCUCCGUGGAUUGGAUCGUGCAGUAUGAUCCUCCAGAUGACCCAAAGGAAUAUAUUCAUAGGGUUGGACGAACAGCUCGUGGGGAAGGUGCUAAAGGAAAUGCUUUGCUUUUCCUGAUUCCAGAAGAGUUACAGUUCCUCGGUUAUUUGAAGAGUGAGAAGGUUCCUGUUAAAGAGUACGAGUUCGAUACAAAAAAGCUGGCAAAUGUGCAGUCUCAUCUGGAGAGAUUGGUAACAAAUAAUUAUUACUUGAACAAGUCAGCUAAAGAGGCAUACAGGGCCUACAUAUUGUCUUAUAACUCGCAUUCCAUGAAGGAUGUUUUCAAUGUCCACCAACUUGAUUUGCAGGCGGUAGCUACUUCAUUCUGCUUUUCUUGCCCACCAAAGGUGGAUAUUAAAUUAGACAGCAAUGCUUCGAAGUUUAGGAAGAAGAGUCGUAAAAUUGAAGGGAGGUUCAAUGAAAGCCAUCCUUAUGGGAAACGAGGUGGAGAUGAUUCUAGGCAAUUUGUUAGGUAUUAGAAAAUUUUAUCUUGCUGAAUCAUUUUGAUGUUCGGUACGAAUUUUUCUCGGAAGACAUGUCAAGUAGGCAAUUUUGCGUCUUCUGCGUAUAGUCUGUAACAGUUCUAUUACAGUUUGUGUUUACUGGAUGUGGGACCUUAAAUACCGAGGGGAUUUUUAUAGGAAAGCUUAUUAAUUCAUUAUUACUUGUAAAGGGCUUUGAUAUUUGCAUACAUGUACGUAACUGUUUACAAUAAUAUUGUAGUAUUGUGAUCUAA